AUGAGUGAAAAUUAAAAAUCAAAGCAAAUAUCUUGUUGUUAAAGAAUUACAGAAAUUUUUAAAAGACCAAGUAAAAUUAUACAAUCUUAACCAAUACAAUCUCAGCAAGAUCAGCAAGAAUAGUAAGUUAUAUAAGGAAAUUAAAAUUAAAAUGAUUGGUUGAUGAUUGAAGAAUAGUUUCUCAAUAAAAUUUCUUCAGCAGGUAGAAGAUAAAUGUUCUAUGAUCUUUUUUAGAAAACUGGAAUUAAAACAAUUGAAUUAUUAAUUCUCUCAUUUAAAAAUUCUAAUACUAGUUUUAUUGGUAAACGAUGUAUUUAAGCUGAAUUAUUAAUCCUUCGAAAUAUGUAUGAAAGAUUUAAUUAAUAACCUAAAGAACUAUAAUGGACUUUUGCUAGUGCUACAUUAAUAUCUGAUAAUGAUAUUUAAAUAUAAUAAUAAUCUAAUGCUAGAAUUAAAAAUAUAUUAUUAGUAGGAAUAACAGGAUAAGGAAAAACUACUUUAAUAAAUAGUUUUUAUAAUCAUAUUUCAAAAAUCACUUUGGACUCUAAUUUACGUUAUUUGGUGAUAGAUGAUAAUGAAUAAAACAGAGAAGGGAAAUCAGUUACAAGAGAAGUAAAUUAAUACAAAAUCAAAAUAAAAGAUGACUUAAUUUUUAAUUUUAUAGAUACACCAGGAUUAGGUGAUACUGAAGGAUAUUCUAGAGAUUAAGAAAUUAUAGAUUAAAUUUCUAAGUAAAUUAAAAAGAUGAAAGAUAAGAAUCAAAUUAUUCAUCAAGUUAUUAUUGUCUCUCAAUUAUCAACAAAUUAUGUUGUAGAAAAUACCCCUACUCUAUAAUAAUUAGCCCUUCUUAAUGUUUUAAAACUCUUUGGAAUUGAUAUGGCUUAACAUUAUAUUCAUGCUCUGACAUUUUCAGAUUUCACUACUAUUCAUAGAAAUAACUUUGAAAAUCCAAACUCUAUCUUCUUUGUUUUAACUUAAAGAGAUUAACUUUUAUUAACAAGAAACUUCUAAUAAUUAAACUAAAAAAGUAAUAAUCUAUUAACAUAAAGCCCAACUAAUUCUGAAACGGCUGUUUUAUUAAGCAAUAAUUAAUUAAAUGAAAAUAAUAAAGAAUUUUGUUAAUUUUAAAAUUCUGUUUAUUAUUAAAAUCUAUCUAAUUAGAUUUCAUUAAUUUAGUUUAGAAAAAAUACGGAAAAUUAUAUUAAAUUUAUUGAAAAAAUAAGUUUUAGCGAAGGAUUUUAAUUAGAUACAACUAUUUAAGUUAUUGAAGAAAGAAUUAGAUUAAAAAAUUAAAUUGAAAUUUUGGGAUAAGAACUUUAAUUAAGAGUAAGAAUUGAUUAACUUAUAUAAUCCAAUAAAAGAAAAAUUGAAAAUUAUUAGUCAAUAGCUUAAGAGAAUUAAAAUUUUUCCUACAUUGAAUUUGAACCAAUUAAGAGAAUAAAGUAAUGUUCAUAAAACAUUUAUAUGACUAAUUGUUAAGAUUGUAAAAAGACUUGUCAUAAAAAUUGUUCAGUAUCCAAUCAGAAUUUAAUAAAUUGUAACAUGAUGAUUAGAUUAUCCUCAGGUAAUUAUGUAUGCGAAUCUUGUUAACAUACUGUUGAAAAGCAUCUGUAAUAAAAUUUAUUUAUUUAGAAAUGAAAAUAUUUAAUACAUUCAAGAAGUUAUAGAAGUAGAAAGAUUUUAUGAUGAUAUGAGAAAUGAACAUAAUUAGGCAAUAACAAUGACUUAAAAAUUAGAAUAAAUAUUGUAAGAAUAAAUUUAGAGAGAAAUUGAUAAUGAUGCAAGAAUUAUUCUCAUUUUAGAUGAUUUAAAAAAUUGUUUCAAUUAUCUCUUCUCUUCAGCUUUAUACAAACUAGAUUUAAGAGAAAAAUCCUUAAAGGACUUUUUAUAUAAAUAUUUUAAAAGCUUUGAAAAUUAAUUAGAAAAAUAUUUUCGGGAAAGCAUAGACAUUUUUGCUACAAGAAGAUUAGUAGAAAAUCAACAAUUAAAUCAAUAAAAUACUAUGUUUAGAUUAAGAACAGAAAAUUUUUAAAGAAUUGAAUGA